UCAAUUUCGCAAUAUUUUGUUAACAAGAGGAAGUUGCGGCAUUUAUUUAUUAACAAUUAAAUUGCAAGCUUCGCAUGCCAGCUUUAAGGAAUCACGAUUACGACUGCACCGUCAAGUGCCGCCAAGUACAGCAUGGCAAUUGCAUCACGGCGGCGCUCACCAAACGCUCCAUUGAGGAUCAGCCGCUGGCGGCAUUUGUGGCCAAGACGUGUGCCAAUUUUGCCAAUAUUACGGACUAUCUGGGCCGUUCCGCCGUGCACAUGUGCGCUUCCGUGGAACGCUAUAGAAUAUUGGAGUGGCUGCUAAACCAUGGCGCCCCCAUUAAUGAGCCGGACUCUGAGUCCGGCAGCAGCCCGCUGCAUCGGGCUCUGUACUACGGCUGCAUCGACUGCGCCGUGCUGCUGCUGCGCUACGGCGCCAGCCUGGAGCUGCUGGACGAGGACACGCGCUGUCCGCUGCAGGCAAUAUGCCGGAAAUGCGAUAUAGAUGCCAACGCCGAAUCGCACAAUGAGGCGCUUGUCUGGGGCUCCAAUAAGAACUAUAAUCUGGGCAUUGGCAAUGAGCAGAAUACACUCACGCCGCAGGCCUUGGAUUUCUUUCGCAAAUCGAAUCUGUGGCUGGAGCACGUGGCGCUGGGCGCCUACCACAGUCUCUUCUGCGACAAGCGGGGCCAUCUCUAUGCCGUGGGCCAUGGCAAGGGCGGCCGCCUGGGCAUUGGCCUGGAGAACAGUCUGCCGGCGCCCAAGCGCGUCAAGGUGCCGCUCAAGCACAACGACGAGCGCAUCAUUUCCCUCAGCGUAUCCCGUCAGCAUUCGCUGCUGCUCACCAAUCGCUCGUUGGUCUAUGCCUGCGGCAUCAAUGAUUCCCAUCAGCUGGGCGUGCGCGAUGCGGGCGAGCAUCUGACCACAUUCAAGGAAGUGGUUGCGCUGCGCGACAAGGGCGCCAGCGGCCUGUUGCGAGUCAUUGCCUGCGAUCACCAUUCGAUUGCGUAUAGCAGCCGGUGCAUUUAUGUUUGGGGUGAAAAUCAGGGUCAGUUGGGCAUCAGCUCCAAUACCAGGACAAUUGUAGCGCCCGUAUUGAUGAAGCUGGCGGAUCGCACAAUCAUACGUUUCGUGGAGGCCAACAAUGCGGCCACAGUUGUCUACACCGCCGAGAAGCUCAUUCUGCUCUUCUAUGCCGACAAGCCCAGAACCCUAAAGACGCCCAACUAUGAGGAUCUCAAGAGCAUCGCUGUGAUGGGCGGCAAUCUGAAGAACUCCGUCAAAGGCUCCGUUGCGGCGCUCAAGCUGAUGAUGCUGACCGAGACGAAUGUGGUCUUCCUCUGGUACGAGAAUACGCAGCAGUUCUACAGAUGCAAUUUUUCGCCCAUUCGCAUGCCGGAGAUCAAGCGCAUACUCUACAAGUGCAACCAGGUGCUGGUGCUCUCCAUGGAUGGCUGCGUCUAUCGCGGCAAGUGCAAUCAACUGGCUUUGCCGUCGGGCACACAGGAGAAGCCCAAGGCCAACAAGGACAUCUGGCAGAACAACGAUCAGCAUCGCACGGAAAUCUCAAGGGAACACUACGUCCGCAUCGAUUUGCAGCGCGUGCCGAACAUCGAUCGCGCCGUGGACAUUGUCUGCGACGAGAGCUUCGCCUCGUUUGCCGUGCUGCAGGAAUCGCAUCUCAAGUACUUUCGCAAGCCCGCCCUCCCUCGCCGCGAGCACAACUUCAAGAAGCUCUACCACGACACCAGCGAAGCGGACGCAGUCCAUGACAUAAUCUUCCAUGUGGAUGGCGAAAACUUUGCGGCGCACAAGUUUAUUGUGUUUAGCCGUGCGCCGGGCCUGCGCGAGCUGGUGCUCUGCUAUCUGGACAAGGAUAUCUAUUUGAAUUUCGAGAACUUGACGGGCAAAAUGUUCGAGCUGGUGCUGAAGCACAUUUACACCAACUACUUUCCCACAGAGGAUGAUAUCGAUUGCAUGCAACAGAGUCUGGGUCCAAAGAGUCCGCAGCAGCGCAGCCGCGUCUGCGAAAUGUUUCACACGCACCUCGAGAAAUUUCAGCUACACGAGCUUGGGAAAUAUGUGCAAAGUUACAUUACGGAACAGCAAUUGCCGCUGCGUGGCAAACAGCGUUUUGGUCGGCUGCAGCGCUCCCAUUACCCGGAGCUCUACGACAUACGCAUCGUUUGCGAGGCGGGUCAAGUGCUGGAGGCGCACAAGUGUGUGCUCGUGGCGCGUCUGGAGUAUUUUGAGAUGAUGUUCAUGCACGCGUGGGCGGAGCGUAGCACGGUCAACUUUGAUAGCGUGCCCGUUGAGUAUAUGGAGCCCGUGCUGGACUAUCUGUAUAGCCUGGACACGGAGGCAUUUUGCCGGCAAGACUAUACGGAAACGUUUCUAUACAAUAUGAUAACGCUGUGCGAUCAGUACUUUAUUGAAUCGCUGCAGAACGUAUGCGAAUCCCUGAUUCUGGACAAGAUCAGCAUACGCAAGUGCGGCGAAAUGCUCGACUUUGCGGCCAUGUACAAUUGCAAACUGCUGCAGCAGGGCUGCAUGGACUUCAUCUGCCAGAAUCUGGCCCGGGUGCUCUGCUACCGGAGCAUCGAGCAGUGCGAACCGAGCACCUUGCAGCGCCUCAACGAGCACUACCGCAAGAUGUUUCAGUCGGUCUACGCAUAUCGCCAGAUAACGCCCUUCUCCGAGGCCAUCGAGGAUGAGCUGUUGCUCAGCUUUGUCGAUGGCAUCGAAGUCGAUUUGGAUUAUCGCAUGGAUGCGGACGCCAAGCUGAAGGAGGUGGCCAAGCACAAGCAGAGGGAGCUGCCCAGCAAGCAGGAUGCGCGGCACUAUGAGCAGCAGGCCAUAUCCCGAAUGAUACGUACGCUGAGCAUAAGUGCAUCCGAUGCGGAAGCAUCGCCGAAAACAGCAGCUGCAGCUGCAGCUGAGACCGCCAACUGGUCGCGCGUUUUGGACAAAAAGGAGCAAAGGCGCAAACUGGCCGAGACGGCGCUGAAGGUCAACAAUGUGCUCAAGCAGGAGGAGCAGCCCUCGCCGGAGUUGGUCGCAAUAUCGCCACGUGCUGCCAUCAAGGAGUCAACGCCUCCAUUGCCAGCCACCAGUCCCACGGAGUGCAGCACGCCCCUGAGCAAGAGCUAUAAUCUGGAUCUGAGCACGCUGCUGCCACAAACCCAGAAGCUCUCCCAGAAGCAGCGCAAGCGUCUCUCCUCUGAAACGCAGCAGCAGCAGCAGAGCUGGCGCGCCCAGAGCUCAGCUCAGCCGCUGGAGCCGAGCACGCCCGUCCCCUUGCCCAAUGCAUGGGGCGUAACUGGGACGAGCUCGCCCCCGGCAUAUGCCGAGCCGUUUAGCUCACCAACGGCCGCCACGGGCAGCAGCUCGGAUCCCACCUCCUUUGCCAAUAUGAUGCGUGGCGGCCAGGCGGCCAGCAUGGAGCCGCACAACAGCUUCUCCCAGAUCGUGGCCGAUGAGCGUCGCCAGCGCGAGUGCUUCGAGCGCAUGCGCAACAAAUCUCUGGUCCAUACCCAGAUCGAGGAGACGGCCCUAGCCGAGCUGCGCGAAUUCUACAAUGUCGAUAACAUUGAGGACGAGACAAUUACCAUCGAGCGCAAGUCCAGGCCCAGCACCAUUAACUUUUCCACCUGGCUGAGGCAUUGAGCUUCCAAUUUCUUGCUAAUAACAUUUAUUCAUGUCCACGAUCUCUGUGCUCGUGUGUGCGUGUGUGUGUGUGUGUGUGCGUAUGUGUACGGAAUAAAGACGCGGCGUCGUUGGCGCUUCAGAUGUAGAACUCGGAACCACCUGCAAAAGGUGCAUUAGGAAUUCAGCAUUCAGAUUUAGAGCUAGUUUAAAUGUGGGACAGCACAUUGUGGACUAAUACAGUGAUCGCUCGGUAAGUGCUACGGCAUCAAAUUAGCAAAUUUUCAAAAUUUAUAAACGUAAUUUUUUUGUGUAUAUUCCAAUUUCACUAAAUUUCAAUUCCAAUUUCUUUUAAUACCCUAGCAUAGGGUAUGUUAAUUUUUUUUUACCAAUUGUAAAUGAUCCUUAGAUUUAAAGUUUCUUGGAUUAGAUUCGUUUUUUAAUGUAGGGUAUACGUAGGUCGGAAUAGUUGCCAUAGGAACUAUUGGUCAAAAAUUGAUUUUCAAUUUAUCCUAACUCAACUUUAUAGUUGAGAGAAUCAAUAGGCCUCUUACAAAAACCUAUUAAAAUAUUGGCCAAAAACUUAUGUGUGAACAAUUUUUCCAUUUUUCAAUAUAUCCUAACUAAACUUUAUUAUUACAAGAUUCUAUAUGCUCCCAACGAAAUCUUAUUUAUAUUGGAUUACUAUAUCAUAUAGAAAGACUCGGCUAAAAGUUUAGUUCUUAUCUGACGAAGUUUUUCAUUUUUAAAGAUAUUCUAAUCAAGUUCUGUCGAUAGGAAAAUAUUCGAGCGAUAUCGAACAACUAUAUCAUAUAGUCUCUAUUAAAAUCGGACUACUAUAUCAGAUAGUUACCAUAGGAAUAAUUGGUCUAAAAUACAUAAAUAUUUGAAUUAUCUGUCUUUAAUCUUCGACAAACCAAAGUUAACUUAUCUUUAUGAGAACUGGAUUAAAUUGUUUUGCGAAAUUAGAAAUACUUUUGGAACCGUAGCGAGCACUGAUAUUUACUAUUUUAUGAUAAUACAAAUAUCACAUUUGGAAAUCUAUUGGACGAGGCAACCGUCAGCCACAUUUAGAGUAACAAUUUUUUUUUUUAUUAUUAUUAUUAUUAUUAUAAUAAGAGAGAGAUAUUUACAAGCUUGGGACACACGCAUAGCGAAUGAGGCAACAAAACAC